CGGGUGAGCUCAUGGAGCCGCGUGGGGAGGGGACGGCGAGGGGGAGCCGGUGUCUGCGCCGCAGCAGCCUUCAGAGCACAGGGGCUGGCGGCUUCCCUGCCGGGCAGAGGAUGAGCGAAGCCCCCGGCGGACUGGAGCAGGAGGAUUUUCCAGCUGGGACAGACCAUGAGCAAUGACUUGACUGCCUGGGACAACACGACCGAGAGCACAACGACAGUGCCCGGCGAGGUGAACACGCAAGAUGGGUAUGUGCUGCUCCUCGUGCUGCUCUCCAUCUUCAUCGGAGGGACCCUGGUCCUGCUGUCCGGGAUCCUGAUUAUCUGCCGCCGGUGCUGCCAGACGGACCGCAGGCACUCCAGAGCCAGUGAUGACCCUGAGAAAACCAAUACCACGUACCUGGAUGACUCUCAGCCUCCGCAAGAGAUCACCAUCAAGGUGGACGACCCAGACUGCCUGUCGGCCUCCAGCUACCGGGAUGUGGAGACGGAGCGUUUCCUCUCGUCCAGCUCCUCCACCGGGCGCCGCGUCUCCUUCAACGAGGCCGCGCUCUUCGAGCAGAGCAAGAAGACCCAAGAGAAGGGGAGGAGGUACACGCUGACCGAGGGGGAUUUCCACCAUCUCAAGAACGCCCGGCUGACCCACCUCCACGUCCCGCCGCCUGCUCUCAGAAUCAUCACCAUCCACGAGUGUGAGUCGAGCGAGAACAGCCUGGCCAUGUCGCCCCGCCUGCCCCCGCCCAAGCCCGGCCUCGCCAUCUUCCAGCCCCCAGGGGGCACCCUGCCCCAGACAGCCCUGACCGCCCACGCCAUGUGCCCCAGUUCCGCCCUGCCUGGCGACACCUACAACUCCACCGUGGACACCAGCUUCGCCGAAGCCAGCCCAUCUAUCUCCUCCUCCUCUGGAGAGAGCCCUUUGUUUGAAGGGGCUGCCAGGAGUGCGAAAGGCACCGGAGCGGGCGGCGCCGGACCCGGGGAGCCCCCACCACCCCCUCCCCAGGGCACCGUGCUGCAGUUCUUCACCCGCCUGCGGCGUCACGCCAGCCUCGAGGGCGCCAGCCCCUACUUCAAGAUCAAGAAGUGGAAGAUUGAGAGCAACCAGCGGGCGUCCAGCCUGGACACCAGAGGCUCACCCAAGCGGCGUCAGUUCCAGAGGCAGCGGGCGGCGAGCGAGAGCAUGGAGCAGGAGGACAGAGACGCCCAUCAGACAGGCAUCAUCCAGUACAUUGCCCGGACAGAUGACAUAGCCUUCCGCCCCAUGGCUGGGCCCUUCCUGCCAUCCCCCUCCAGCCCCCCACCCUCUCUCGGCAGGUUAGAGCCAGCAGAGGCGGGCGGGGGCAGCGUCCCCGAGGCGCCCAGCACGGAGCAGCAGACCAUCUACCACGACAUCUGGAGCCUGCGGGCCUCCCUGGAGCUGUAUGCCUCGUCCGAGCAGAGCAACGACCGGGACUCCGUGCGCAGCGACGGGGGUGACAGCGUCUGCUCGGCCGGGGGCGGCAUCCCCGGCUUCCCUUCUUCCCUGGAGGAAACUGAGGGCCUGGACGAGCGGCCGUGGGGCCGGCCCAGGCAGGAGAGUGCGGAAGCAGAGCCGGGCACACGCAAGCUGCUGCAGAUGGACAGCGGCUACGCCUCCAUCGAGGCGCCAAGCCGGGCGGGUGAGGACGGGCGCCCCAAGGACCAGACGGCCUCAGAGAAGCGCAUCUGCUUCACCAGCGCUGGGCGCAAGGGCACCAUCUUCGAGAGCUUUGAGGGGCAUGAGCCCGAGGAAGAGGAGGAGGAAGAGGGGGCGGUGGGGGGGCCACUGCCCCACAGCCCCCUGGCCUGGUCCCCCUAUGGGCAGAUGUUCCCAGCUCGGGACGCGCUGCCCCGGCGGGACUACAGCAUCGACGAGAAGACGGACGCCCUCUUCAACGCCUUCGUCCGUCACGACCCGCAGUUUGAUGACUCGCCCCUGCGCGCCAAGCACCGCUCCCGCACUCACUUGCGCAAACAGUGGCAGCGCUCCAAGCAGUACAGCGACCCCGGCGUGCGCUACCCACCCGCCCUGGAGCGCCACCGGACCCCGCUGCGCCGGGGAGACAGCCUCAACUACCCACCCGACAGCCGCUACCACGGCACUCUGCCUCGCAUCGUCAGCACCGAGGAGGCGGGCGAGGUCGGGGACGGCUCCGCCGUGGCUGACGCCGACGCCAAGAUCCAGGUGAUAGAGGAGGAGCCGUCCGAACUGGCUGGGGACCCCAAGCUGGCUUCCGAUCCGUAUGACGAAGACUGCCCUGGCAAUGGCCAGGGCCCGGGCUGCGGCCCCCAGCCCCUAGGGUCUGAGCUGAUGGACAAGAUCAUGGGGGGGUUCGAGGACAGGCUGUACGGGCACUUGAGAAAAUCGAGAGAGAGUCCGGAGUGUCUGGUGGCCGUGGCCUCUCCCGACCACAGCCCCGUCUAGGGGGCAGGGGAGCAGACCGAGCUCGCUCAUCCACUGAGUCAGGCUUCAGGGCUUCAACCCCUUCCACAGCUGGCACUGCCACCACGUUCAGGGCGUUCGAAGGGUGGCAGGGGGGUGCGGAUCUGCCUGGACAGACGUGCCCCGUUCGAGGGGAUCGGGCUCUGCCCGGACGUUCCCGUCACCUUGGAACGGUCCAGGGCGGGGGGCAGACUCAGCCCGCCCUGUUUGUCUGGAAUGGGGGGUCCACUUGGAUGUACCCACUGCAUUCAAGGGCUUUGAGGGGCGCAGAUCUGUACAGAGGUACCCGCCACGUGGGCGGGGUCCAGGGGGGCACAGAUCCACCCAGACGUACCCACCCCAGGGUCCUGGGGGGCACAGAUCCACCCAGACACACCUGCAAUGUGGGUGGGUUCCAGGGGACACAGAUCCACCCAGACACACCUGCAAUGUAGGUGGGUUCCAGGGGACACAGAUCCACCCAGACACACCUGCCCCAUGGGUGGGGUCCAGGGGGGGAUCCCCGGUGAAGCAGCCCCUACCCCCGGGCAGGCCUGGCAGCCGGAAGGGGUUGUUACGGAGGGGAGGAAUGUUUGCCAAAGCAGGCGACUCUUUUCAAGGCACCUGUAUUAAUAACCCCCCCAAACUCUUACCUCACGCCGUAGAGCUGUGUAGCACAUACGACACCCCCCCCAAUCCUGGGGCACGGCCCCCUCCCCUGCACACCCCAUGCCCCCCCACCCUCCUCUCUCUCUCUCUGAUUUUUUACAAGCAAUAACGUCUCUGUCCGGAAUCGUCCUCGCACAGAAGGGACCGGGGCUGGGAUCCGCGGUGCUGGGAGUGGAGGGGGAGGGGAGAUGGGCCAAGCCCCCCCCGAGCUGGCAACAGAGCCACCCCUGGGCUGGCGGCCUCCCCCUCCUUUUGAUUUUGUCCACACUGAAGGAGGGGGAGGGCAGCUCCAAAAUUGUUCCUGGAGGGAGGAGUCGCUCGGGGCAGCAAAGCAUGGGGGGCGGGGGGAGUUUGAGGGCUGGGAAAGCUGGUGCCCCCCUUGUGCCAGUCACCUCCCUCCUCCCACCCUGGGGUAACCUCGAGCCAGGGCAGGGCUCGUGGGCUCUAAGCUGGACGCUCUGGUGCUAGGACCCACAGGAAAGGGGGCACAUGGAGCUGGAGAGGGGCCCAGGAGGUGAUGGUCCAUAGGGGAGGAAAGGGGGAGUGAAGCUGAGGCUUCCAAUGGGACAGGCCCUUCAGCAACUGCUGCUAGAAAUAUCUCGUUCUCCAGGUGCCAAAUUGAGGGCGGGCCGGAUACCCACACAGUGCCAUGGGGGGCGGGGGGGGGCAGGAACUAGAGCCUAUCCCAGAUGUGUCUGCUUCCUGGGGGAGGGGGGAAUGCUUGCUCCCCAUUCCCCCCAAAACUAACCAGCUCCCCCUUUCUCCCUCCCUAAAUUACUGGGCCCAAAUGGGAGAGGGGCCUGGAUCGAGCAUGCCUCGGUGCAGGAGGGAAGGAAGUGGUGGUAAGAUGGGGCAAAGGGGGAGUCAGAUCUCCUAACUCCCCUUCUCCCCCCAACAACCUUAUACCUGGAAAGCCAAGGCCCCCGCUCCUCCUUGAACUGCUCCCUGCCCCCAACUGGCUCCCCCCAAUCUCCCCCAGGGAGCAAAGCGAUGGGCUUUAUUUAUUAUUUAUUGAUUUUUAUAGAACUGGAUGGAUUUGCUGCUCCACGGGGGGGCGGGUUCAGCUUUUUAUUGGGUUUUGUUCAUGUUUCAAAGGAUGAGAAGCAAAAAGCUUUAUUAUCCAUAAGACUCGGUCAGCGCAGGGGCGGGGAGAUGCCAGCCACAUGUGUAUCCCCCCCACCUUGGUGCUCUCGUCACCCCCGUUCCCGGCUGCGCUUCGACCUUUGCAUGCGAUCAAAGAGGCCGGGUCGUUCCUCUGCAGAGUCUGUCCAAAGCACUAACAUGAAACCACAACUCAGCCUUUUUAAACCUAUAAAGAAAGACCAAGUGUC